CAAUCGACAUGACAUUUGACAUACGGCUUUUGAAACGUUAGCUGAAAAAGCAAAAAGUGUCAAAUUAUAGGAAAUCCAAAAGCAUUGUGAUUUGUAACUUUGUUUUAUAAGUUGUUUACAUUUUACAAGCUAUAAUGCCUAAGAAAAAGACUGGUCAAAGAAAAAAAGCUGAAAAGCAGAAGCAGAGACAAAAAGAAAUUAGGAAUGCCAGGGAACACGUAGACAUAGCCCAGCACCCUUGUAAUAUGCCUAUGGAAUGUGAUAAAUGCCAGAAGAAGCAAAAGAGCCGCGCCUUCUGUUACUUCUGCCAGGCGCUGCAGCGCCUGCCGGCGUGCGCGCACUGUGGCAAGGUGAAGUGCAUGCUCAAGUCCGGGGACUGCGUGGUGCGACAUCCUGGGGUGUUCACCACUGGAAUGGGUAUGGUGGGUGCAAUCUGUGACUUCUGUGAGGCAUGGGUGUGCCAUGGGAGAAAGUGUCUACAGGCACAUGCCUGCACCUGCCCACUUACUGAUGCUGUGUGUCUUGAAUGUGAAAGAGGUGUGUGGGAGCAUGGUGGGCGCGUGUUCCGUUGCUGCUUCUGCCAGGGAUUCCUCUGCGAGGAUGAUCAGUUUGAGCACCAAGCCUCCUGUCAAGUGCUGGAGUCGGAGACAUAUAAGUGUCAAUCGUGCAAUCGCUUGGGUCAGUACUCGUGCCUGCGCUGUAAAACGUGCUUCUGCGACGAGCACGUGCGCCGGCGCGGCACCCGGCCCGACCGCCGCGCAGCACCGCCCUGCCCAAAGUGUGGCUUUGCGCUGCUGGUCACUGGCGAACUCAGCAUGUCCACACGCUCGCACCGUUACGGACGACAAGGUGCUCAGCCGGCGGAUGAUGACGACUAUGGAGCUGGUGGAUAUACUGGUUAUGAGGCAACCGCUGAGGGAGGUGACUACUCUUACUCCUGCUCCGAGUCGGAUGACGACGAUGACGAUGAGGAGGACGACUCAGAGGAGCAGGAGUCCGACGACAGCGAGCAGACCGACACUGCUGCCACUGCGUCUGGCAACAAUGCACAAUAGCCUCAAUAUACCUUCCAUAGCAUUGUAUUCAAAAUU